AUGGAUGACCAACAAGAUAAGGAAUCUGCCUCAGAGGACGGAGGAACCAGACUGAUUAAUGGGAUGAAAGAAAAUGGCUCAAAUGACCAGGAUUUGAUGGUGAAGCUGGCAGCGUCGACAUUGCAGACCCUGACGUUGACACCCAAAGAGACUCUGGUGUCUACCCGGGGCCUUCUGCCUCUAACUUCCAAGAAGCCCUGCCUACCAAGUCCUCCAUCGCCCCUGAGGCUGAUCGAUGCACCCGAGCAUUCUUCUAAUGACUCCUCUGUGCAUGCCAUUGCCCUGACAUCUGGUGUAACCAAGGGCUUGAACACAUGGUCAUUGCCAGGGGACUGUGAGAAAGCUCCACUCUCCAUCAUGGAACCCGGAGGUAUGUCGGCCCUUACUGGUGACUGCCUUAUGCAGCCAAGUCGGACUUGCCUAGGCUGCUUCAUUGAAUCCAAGGAUGGAAUCGAUGCAGAACCAGGUAUCAGCUUGAAACCGGGUGAUAUAAAUAGGGAUUAUGAUACCUGUUCUGUCUCUGAUAUAGGGAUUCAUUGUAUGAACACAGGAGAAACCAUGAGAUAUGGGGAUGAGCUGCUCUCUGACCAGCUCCUAGGCUUCCCUCUUCAUAAAUCUAGGGCAGGAGACAAAAGAGACACAGAGAAAUCUGACAGCGACUCAGAGGACCCCACUCAGAAAAAUUAUUAUGAGGGAUUGCUAUUAGAUAAAUGCAACGGGGAGGAAACUCUGCUUUCAAAUACUAAUCAGGAAUGGGGCUACUUUGAGUCUUUCAUUAGUGAGAGCAAGAUUGAGCUGCUUGACCUCUGCUCAAAAAAUGAGCUGUCAGUCAACCUGUUUUCAGAGGAGGACGUAGACAACUAUAUGUUUGAUGAUGACGACUCAACUCUAGGCAGCGAUGUCUGCUCCCUGAAGAUCCGAUACGAAUCCUUCCAGGACAAUGUGCGAGACAAGACCAACGUCCUACAGGACGAUGCCCAGUUCAACUUUUUCCCCAGUGUUUUCACCAGCUGCUCCAAGCGGGAGGCAAAAGGUGGGGGCCUGAAGCGGAGUGGAGACUCUUCCCAGUUCAAAGUCCCUGUGGAGAGUAUCAUCUGGGGGGAGGAGGAAGAGGAGGAAGAGGAGAAGAAAAAGAGAGACCUGGAAGCUGAAGUCCAGAACAAGGGGGCGGAAGAAGAAAAGGAGCUGGGAAGGGCAUCCACCGUAAGCAAACCAUGCAAGGGCUCUGAUGCAGUCAAGUAUGUGAAUUCCAAGCGGAACCCCUUUCUUGACUCUGCCAACUCUGCCGAGGACUCUGGGGAGCUGAGCGAUGACAGUUCCUGCACCGAAUCCUCAUAUGAUGCCUUGAAAGAGAUAAAGGAUUGUAGCCGCUAUCUUACUCGCGAUUCUCAUUCUGGCUCCUCUUCCUCCACCACCACCAUCCAGCAGAACUAUGGACUGAGGGCCAAAAGGAAAGUCCGAUACAGUGAAGACUAUCUAUACGAUGUUGACUCCAUAGACAGCGAGAGGAUGUGUGAGAAGAAGGAGUGGCAGCCAGAUGGGCAGAAGGAGGAGGACGAUGAUGAGUGGUGCCCCAAGAAGAGGCGGAAAGUAUCCCGCAAGGAACCCCCGGUCAUUAUCAAAUAUAUCAUCAUCAAUCGCUUCAAGGGUGAGAAGCACAUGCUGGUGAAGCUGAGUAAGGUGGAUGCCAGUGAGAUGACAGUAACAUUGAGUGAGGACCUGCUCCACAAAUAUGCCAGGCUGGCCCCACUGAAGGGCUUCUGGCAAGAGAAGCAGCAGAGCCGCCUCCAUUCCCUUAGAUCCACCCUCUGUCACAAGAAGAACUUCCACCCGAAUGGCCUCGAGGCCCCAUUCCCAACUCCGCCUCGGAAAAGAAAGUGCAAACUGGCCAACCGCCACAGGAUCCAGAGAAUCCAAGCCAUUGAGCAAUCGGCAAACAAACAGGGCUCCUUCUCCUGUGAGCAGAAGCAAGGCAGUGGCAGUAAAGAAGAUGCCUGCCAGAAAGGCACACUUCAUAGCGGGGCUAGAGCUGCCUCCAGCUCUGCCAGCGAAGUGCAUUUCAAGGACGUGGCUGGGCCUGACUCAGUGAAGAACCGAUCACAAGACCGAGAGUUCCGGAAAGGGCCAGAGAGGAAAGUGCUCCAUCGAAUCAAAUUUAAGAGCGAAGCCAGGUUAAAAAGCAAGAAGAAUAAAGCAGGGCAAGAAAAUGGCAAGGCCGCCACUCAGCCAGCCCUGGAAGGCCAAGAAGCAGGCUCCAGUCUGAAGGAGAACAUUCGUAGAGCCCCAGAAAGCUCCCACCGAUCGCAUUGUCGCGAAGAUAACACUGCUAAAAAUUCUCUCUUCUUACCAGCCACCUGCUCGCCUGACACGCCUCUGCCAUCUGCUAAUAUUGCCACCAAUGUCCCCGUUAUCCCUGGAGGGUAUCUGCAGACAUUGUUAGAUGCAUCAGAUUUAUCAAAUACUACUGCCAUCUCCUACUUCACCCACCAUCCCCCGGGACAGCAUUCUGCUGCCCUUGCCCAACCCGAAAAAGCAUUCACAUCUCUCCAAACUGGCCAGAGCUGUGUGCUCUCUCCACCUUCUGAGUCUGAGCUGCAGCACUCGCCCCAUCCCCUCAAAAUGAAUGCAAGUCCCUUUGGAAGUGUCUGGUCCAUCAAGGCGAUGACUAGCCCUCAGGACUUUGUGGCCAGUGCCCCAGGAGAGACGGCCAGGGAUCUCUCAGGUAAGUUUGGUGGCUCCGAAACAAUUCCAGCAGCGGGUAACCUGUCUGCUGCUAUGUAUAGCCCAAUGGGGAGCAGCAAGCACCCAUACCAUGCUAAAUAUAUGCAGGACAACCAGCUGCCAUCCGAUGAUGCCUAUCAGCCCUGCCAUUUCAAUAAUGCAGAGGGCUGCUUUCCUUUCCAGCGGGGCACGCUCAACACAGACAAUGGCCGGCUCAUUAGCUUUGAUUCCGUGGGCUCGCUGUCAGUCAGCUCAAGCAAUUACAGCUCCUUGAGCUUGAAGUCUUGUGAAAAGGAGGGUGACGAGGAUAUCAAUGAUGACUUCUUAGCUCACUGCAGCCCCAAGCUGGUGAUCCAGCAGAGCAUUGACGAGAUCUCCCCCCUGAAGGAGUCUACUGACCUCCUGGACAUCUCUAACUUCACACCAGACAAGUUCCGCCACUCAUCUCUCUCUGAGAUGUCCCCACCAGACACCCCUAGCCUUUCUCCACAAAUCACGGGCUCAGAGAAUGGCAAGACACUAGGGGUGCUAAAGGUGUUCCCAGAGGGCACCCCAGCCACUUUGGGCAAUGGAGAGAAGGUCAAGUGGGAUUGUGGCAGCCUUUCACACCAAGAUGAGACAGGUGAUGGAUUUACUCUAUGUAACCAUCAAUUUCAGUUCCAUAUGUUCAAUGAUGAGGAUUCUGUCGGUCUACUCCAAAAAAAUCCUUGCCUGUCAACAUUUAAUGAGCCAUCUGGUCAAAUUAGCACCAAUAGCAAAGUGUCAAAAUCGAAAAAGAAAAGUUCACCCAGCAAGAGUGGGGCUACAAACCAAAGCUCUUCCCCAAAAGGCACCAGGAAAAAGGCCUCUAAAGCCAACAAUAAAGGAAUUGAAAAGUCACCUGGCAAAGCCUCCCGCCAGACUCCCAAGUCAACAAGGAAAGGGAAGUAUGCAGCAGCUGUAGCCAAUGGCGAGAAAACUCAAGUUGGCAUCAUCCGAGGAGGUGGUCAGCUCAACAGUGCUGCCACAGGAAAGUUGUUGGCAGGAUGUGUACACCACGGUGGCCCUACAGGCCCUGUGAAGAUGACGGGCCACAAGGAGUUCUCUGGGGAGUGGGCAAUGGGGAAGGACAAUGGCACAAGCUGGACUGAUGUAGGCAUGACCAAUGCCAAUAACCUCCUGGAUGAUGACCAGAGAGAAUUUGAAGAACCUUCCAACAUCUUAUCCAACAUUGCUUCUGGCAUGGCCGACGUGCAGAGAUUCAUGAUGGCCUCCAUGGAGCCCCUUUGGAGUCCAGUUGGCCAUCAUGGAGUUCCUAACACAUACCGCUCCCCUGAGUCCAACAGCCUGAAAUUAAAAACCCUAAAAAUCUUGGCCGGAACACCACAAGAGUCUAAGAAAAAGGCCAAUGGUGGCUCACCAGGAACUAGUAAGAACCACAGGUUGCCCAAAAGUUCAAGCAGAAGCAGUGGCAAAGCAGGUGUAGGUGAUCCUGGCCGGACAAAUGCAGUGGGGUACAACUCAGACAUUCACUCUCCCUUCUUGGAUAAAAACUAUAGCAACCUGAGCACUUUAGGCAAUAAUGGACCAACACACAAAAAGUUAUACCGUCACAAAUCCAGCUCAAAAACCCUGAGGGAUGAGAAUUGUAAGGGCAAACGUCAGGAGCGGGAAGCAGCUCCCAGGGACUCGGCUGGGACAUCCACUUUGGAAAAACUGAGGUAAUACUGCACCGGAAUGGCUCAACACAUCCUUACCUUCCUACUACCUGCCAAGCCUGCAGUCCCACAUUUUUUUCCUUCUUCAAAAAUAAGAGUUUGCAUGUAAGAGACCAUCCCCAUUUUCCCCCUCUCCCCUUUUGCAAAAUCAAAAAGGAAAAGAAAGGGAAAAAGGGCUCUAGAAGUACUCAUACUUGCAAGCUACCUAGAAAGAAUGGAAAAAAAACACACAAAAACAAAACAAAAUUUAAAAAAAAAUCACAAAAAAACACACAAAAAUUAAAAAAAAAUCUCUUUUUCCUUGACUCAGCUGGUAUUAAACACCAACAAGGCUCCUUUUUCCCACCCACCCCC